ACCUAAACUGACCAUCACAGGGAACCCCCAACACCAGCUACACUUUUAGGUCACCCACAUCCACAGUGAUGAGGCAGAAAUACCCAGUGACGCUCGUAAAGCAGCAGAUAGCGCAGCGGUGUGGAGCCCCCACCCUGCCCUGCUGCCUGUCCGAUAACACAGAGGAGGAAACAAGAAGGCUGCAGCCUGAGACCUGCACUAUUACUGAGAAGAAGGAAUUGUUACUUCACCUCUUUUACUGACCAUUCUUGUCUGCGUUUUUUGUUCAGCUGUGUUAAUGUAGUGUUAAAAUGGUUGACUAAAGCCUUUUACACAUACCUCUAGUCGCCUGUUGUGAAUCUAUCUCUGACCUCCGCUGUAAAGUUCUCACACUGGAUAUAUUCAGCUACAGUUAAUUCUCUGUUGUUCAGUAAAAAAAUAGGCUGCAAUGCUGUCAAAGCGGGAGAGAAAGCUCAUUGCAGAAAUAUGGGAAAAACUGACUCCUGUGGCUGAAGAUAUUGGCUCAGACGCACUUCUUAGGAUGUUCGCCUCUUUCCCAGGCACCAAGACAUACUUCUCCCAUCUAGACAUCAGCUCCCACUCCGCUCACUUGCUCUCUCACGGGAAGAAGAUUGUUCUGGCCAUAGCAGAGGGAGCCAAAGACAUCAGCCAGCUGACUGUCACCCUGGCUCCUUUGCAAACCUUCCAUGCCUACCAGCUCCGGAUAGACCCAAGUAACUUUAAGCUUUUCUCACACUGUAUGCUCGUCACCCUGGCCUGUCACAUGGGUGACGACUUCACACCGGUUGCACAUGCAGCCAUGGACAAGUACCUGUCAGCCUUUGCAGCUGUGCUUGCCGAGAAAUACAGAUGAGACUCAGCCACGUGUUUCUAAGAAGUGUAUCAGACAUUUAUAGUGCUAUAUGAUUCUGAAAUAUGUAUGUGUUGUUGUUAUUAUAUAACGUUUUGUAAAAAUAAUCAUGUGCAAUUAAUAUGCCACAUUUUUGUUAUAUUGAAUUAUAAUAUAAAGUCAUUAAGGACUUGAUUAUACCUAUUUAAAAUUCCCUUGCAGUAACCAUAUACUUUAUAUAAAGACUGUUUCUUUAGGUGUCCCAGGAGGAUGUUUUUAUUGUGGAAAUUUGAAUUAAAUGUGAAUAUCAAACCUCUUA